UGUGUGUAUAUAUAUGUCUCAGUUUUGGAGUUAUUUUUUGUUGCUUUUACAUCAUCUCCUAGUCUUAUCUUAAUCCAUUUGUGUGAAUAUUAUUUUUUUGUAAGUGAGAAUGUAUUCUCAUUAAACUUCGAUCCAGAGCUUGUAGGGUCAGCUACAUGAAUCAUUUCAUUUGAAUUUCUUCCAUAUUAGCCCAAGAACAAGUGCAAUGCUAUCAAGGUUGUCUAGAUAGCUUCCUUGAAUACCUGUUUUUAUUGAACUAUCUAUUUAACUGUAUACAUCUAUGUUAUCAUAUGCCAUGGUUUAUGUUAAGUGUUUGGCCCUUUCCAUGAUUUAUUCAUAUAUUCUCAAUAAUUGAUCUUGGCAUCUUGGGUGCUCAUAUGUUAGCUUUUACUUUGUUUUGGUAAUUACUGGUUAAUAUUCAGCCUAGUAAUAGUUUAUGAAUUUUUGUAUUCUUGAAGAGAUUGUAAAGUAUCCUCUUAGUGCAUCAAUUUGCAAAUUUUUCAGCUUUUAUUUCUCGUUUCUUUUUCUUUAUAUUAGAUCAAAUUAAAUGCUGUAAGUCAGAUAUACAUGUUCAUCAUGCGUGCAUAAUAAGCCAGUGGCAAAUACAGAAUUUUCUUCUACUUGCAACAAUGUUACUAUGUUGCCAGCAAGAAGUGAUCUGAACACUUUUGAUGGAGGUGCAAUAAAUUCAUCGUACCCAUCAUCGUUGAAGGACUUGCAUUGGCUGGAGAGAAUGGUGCAACCAUUUAUUUCUUGUGUUACAGCUGGAAUGUCAAGGUAUUAACUUGCAUUGUAGGUUUUCUGGAGAACAUUAAGUUCAACUUGGUGCUAGCAUAUAGUCUUUAUGAAUGUUUGUUUAGCUAUGAUCCGUAGUUGAUUCUGACUUUACAUUUACUAGGUUCAAUGGAAUGUCUGUCACGCGCUGAGCAACCUGUUUUUGAAUAAGACAAUACAACUGCAGGAUAUGGAUUGGGCUCCAUCAAUUUUUGGUAUUCUUCUAUUACUACUACGUGAUUCUUCAAAUUUCAAGAUCAGAAUACAAGCUGCUGCUGCGUUGGCUGUGCCAGCAUCGGCACUUGAUUAUGGUAAAUCUUUCCCAGACAUUGUCCAAGGGCUGGAGCAUGUAGUGGAGAAUCUAGGUUCAGACUUAAUUUCGGAGCCAUCAAAUUUCAAAUAUAGGAUUGCACUUGAGAAGCAGUUAACUUCAACCUUGUUGCAUAUUCUUAGCCUUUCUUCAGCCACUGAUCACCAACCUCUGAAAGAUUUUCUUGUCAAAAAAGCAUCUUUCUUGGAGGACUGGUUUAAGAUGCCAUACUCGUCACUGGGGGAGGCGAGUGCUCAGACUGGGAUUGAAAGUGAUUCUGUUGGCAACCAAAAGAAAGAGGUGAUAUCCAAAGCAAUACAAUCAUUAAUUGAAGUUUAUGAAGGCAAGAACCAGAAUACGAUUUCUCAGAAAUUCAAGAAGCUCCCUGAUGGUUUCAUAAUCAGCCAUUUGCGUCUUGCUUGGCUGGCUGAUCAUUUUUGUUUUCUUAUAUUGGGUAAUUUUGUUUUCGAGCACCUCGGGGUUUACUUUUACAGUUUUACUCAGCGAACGGCCAUUUGCCCUUAAAACUUCCAUUCAUUGGAAUUUGGAAACAUCCUUUCCCAUCGACUAAUUGAACAGAGAGUGGAGGAACUGAACCAUUCGGCAUGCACGAAGGCCUCUUGGGUGAGGAGAGUUUGGUGCAGGAUUUUCCAGUCAUUCACGGCUAGUUCUGGUAGAAAUUAAAUGUGAUUAGAUGAAUGGGGUCCUAUUGUGUGUAAAUUAUGAUGAUGCUUUUGCUUGGACUCGGACGCAAUGAUUUAAAUGCAUUUGCAUGGGAAUUUACUAUUCUUUGCUACCAAUUUUUCUUGUAACAUAAAUUAGUCCAGUGUACUCGUAAGGGUCUUUGAUCAGACUUUCUACCAUAUUUAUUUCUCAUGCAUCUAUCAGGGUAGUCUAAGGCCCUGAGUUUCAAUGCGGUGAAGUACUGUCAGUGUUCUUGGAUGCGAGCUUCUACUAUGAUGCUCAACCAAAUCUUAAAUUGCAUUCGACUAUUGCCGGCAAUGACCAACGUUAAUAAGGCCUUCUAUGAAUAUGUUCAUAGAUAAUACUUUCCUGUUGUUCAAGAAAAAAGAAAAUA